ACACAGGCAGGGGAGGAAACAUGUCAUGAGAGGUGAUGACACAGCCACGGAGACGUGUCCACAUCCUCACUGAAUCCCAAGUUUGCUGCUCACCGCUGCUUCUGCGGCUGCUGUGACUGCAUCCCACAGAGGAGAGAGAGAGCCAAAGAUAGCCUCCGUUCUCCCUCCCCACCUCUCUCUCUUCCUCUCUUUUUCACUUUGUUUGUGGAUGAUGGGAUUUUAAUCAUGUGGAAGACAGCUGAGCAGCUCUUCCGGAUUACGCUGACGCUGCGCCUGGUCCAGCCUGGCCUCCUCUGAGCAGGAUGGACACUCUGGAGUCAGAGCUGACCUGCCCAAUCUGCCUGGAGCUCUUUGAAGACCCUCUGCUGCUCCCCUGUGCCCACAGCCUGUGCUUCGGCUGCGCCCACCGCAUCCUCAUCUCCCACUGUACCACAAACGAAUCUGUUCACAGCAUCAGCGCCUUCCAGUGCCCCACCUGUAGGUAUGUCAUAUCCCUGAGUCCGGAGCGUGGACUAGAAGGACUUAAGAGAAACGUGACCUUGCAGAACAUUAUUGAUAGAGUUCAGAGGGCCUCAUCUUCAGCUGGGCUGCCUCUACCGCUGCCGUUGCCUGCGCCCCACAGUGGGCCCAACUCUCCCGGAGAGGAAGGGAGCAACCGAUUGGCGCUGGUUCCCGUCAGCGCUGCCAUGUCCAGCCCAGGAACACCUCCUGAACCGGUCCAGUGCCAGUUCUGCGAGCAGGACCCGCCUCAGGAUGCGGUGAAAACAUGUGUGACGUGCGAGGUGUCAUACUGCGAGGAGUGCCUCCGAGCGACGCACCCAAACAAGAAGCCGUUCACCGGCCACCGGCUCAUUGAGCCCAUGCCAGACUCCCACCUCAGAGGGCUCCAGUGCCUAGAGCACGAGGAGGAGAAGGUGAACAUGUACUGUGUCAGUGAUGAUCAGCUGAUCUGCUCGCUGUGCAAACUGGUUGGAAGGCACAGAGACCACCAGGUGGCAGCACUAAGCGACCGUUAUGAAAAACUCAAGCAAGCCCUGGACUCCAACCUGAGCAAUUUGAUCAAGAGGAACAACGAGCUGGAGUCACUUAUGGGGAAGCUGAUCCAGACUUGUCAACAUGUAGAGGUGAAUGCGUCCCGCCAGGAAGGCAAGCUCAUGGAGGAGUGUGAUGUCCUGAUUGAUAUUAUUCAACAGAGGAGGCAGAUCAUUGGCAGCAAGAUCAAGGAGGGGAAGGCACAAAGGCUUCGGAAGCUCGCCCAACAGAUCUCCAAUUGCAAGCAAUGCAUCGAGAGGUCCUCAGCCCUCAUUACACAGGCCGAUCAGACGCUGAAAGAAACCGAUCACGCUCGCUUCCUGCAGACUGCCAAGAGCAUCAACGAGAGGGUUUCCAUGGCAACUGCAUCAACCCAAGUGCUGAUUCCUGAGAUACACCUAACGGACACCUUCGAUACUUUUGCCCUGGACUUCGCCCGGGAGAAGAAGUUGCUGGAGAAUCUGGAUUACCUUACUGCUCCAAGUGCUCCUAACAUAAGGGAGGAGUUGUGCACAGCUUCUUACGAUACUAUCGCUGUCCACUGGACAUCUGAUGAUGAAUUCACAGUGGUGUCCUAUGAGCUCCAGUACGCCAUCUUCACUGGACAGUCUAACAUUGCCAGUCUGUGUAACUCAUUGGAGAGCUGGAUGAUUGUUCCCAACAUCAAGCAGAACCACUACACGGUGCACGGUCUGCAGAGUGGCACCAAGUAUAUCUUUGUUGUCAAGGCCAUUAACCAAGCGGGAAGCAGGAGCAGUGAACCAGGGACUCUGAAGACCAACAGCCAGCCAUUCAAGCUGGACCCCAAAUCUGCCCACAAGAAGCUGAAGGUGUCCCACGAUAACUUGACAGUGGAGCGUGACGAAACUACGUCCAAGAAAGGCCACAGUCAGGAGCGUUUCACCAGCCAGAGUAGCUACGGCGUGGUGGGGAACGUAUACAUUGACAGCGGUCGUCACUACUGGGAGGCUUUAAUUGGAGGGAGCACAUGGUACGCUGUGGGUAUAGCCUACAAAUCAGCCCCCAAGCACGAGUGGAUCGGCAAGAACUCGGCCUCCUGGGUGCUCUGCCGCUGCAACAACUCCUGGGUGGUUCGCCACAACAGCAAAGAGCUGGCCAUCGAGCCCUCGCCCCACCUGCGACGCGUCGGGGUCCUGUUGGACUACGACGCCGGUUGUGUGACCUUCUACGACGCCGUGGGCUCCCAGCACCUGCACACAUUUCACGUCUCCUUCGUCCAGCCCGUGUGUCCUGUAUUCAACGUGUGGAAUAAGUGUCUGACCAUUCUCACUGGUCUACCCAUCCCUGACCAUCUAGAGGGACUGGAACCCCAAGACUGAAAACUACAGACAGACAACAAUAAAUUAGCAUAAACUGGCCUGGUCGGAUCUUUUCUUCUUUUCCCAUUUGGCUUUUCUUUGGCACAUGCAAUCACAGACCGCCUGUUGUGGUAAAAUUGAGCAUGUAAGUAGCCCAAUGACAUCACUUUCUCAAUCCAAAUAAUUGAAACACUCGCUACCAUUUGUGCAAAAUAACCUUGUGCAGCUUUAAUAUGCAAAGAAAAAGGAAAAUAUGCCAGGGUGUUACUUUAUCAAGCUUCUCAAAAGUGAUUUCAGUUGUUUGCUGUGAUUUCUAAAAGCAAAUGUGAUGCUGGUUCAUGUCGUCUUUGCUUCAUGAAAACCUAUUCUAGACGGAGACAGUAAGCUGGAGUCGGUUCAGAAGAAACCAGGACAAAUGGAUAGAGUUGAGCCAGAAAUUUCUAUUCUAAGGCACUUUGGGCCACGAUGGGUCUAUUUGUACCAUGGCAACUAGGAAACAAGCCACGAAUCAAUUUCUAAUUUUCACCUUAUCAGAUAUAGCACUUUGAAAUUCCCUGAAAGGACACACAUAUACACUUACACUGCAUAUACGUACACAAAAACAUGCGCAAACACACACAAAUACCACCCCAACUAUAAUCAGUCAGGGAUGCUGGAAAGAGCAGAAUAACAUGUAUAUUUUGUAAAUUCACCCCAUUCACCCCCCCCCCAUUCCCUUGUUCAUAAAAAGGAACCAAAGUAGCCAUUGCUGUCUGUUCAGAUAUCUUUAUACAAAUACAAAUACAAAUUUUACAUAAGUUAAUAGAUACUGAAUUAUUUUUAAAAAGUGACAAGAGAGGUAAUAGCAUUACGUUAAUAUUAAAUGCAAGAUUCCGUAAAAUGUAGACCUUGUUUUUGCACAUUGUUCAUACUUAAUGGUUUUGUAGCCUAAAAAUUUAAAUCACUUUGGUGCAGUUAACAUGCUUACAUAUUGGGAAAGUGCUGUGUUCUAUUUGACUCACUGUGUUCAUUUCCUUUUUUUUUUUGGCAGCCAGAAAAGUCCUGCCAUUAUGAUUUUAUGCGAUACAUGAUAUGUGAGUUGUGUUACAAUCGUAGCCCCGGGUUAUUACUGGUAAAAUACACAUUUGGGUUCCAUUUUUUUCUCACGCUUUUAUAAAACAUGCAUAUAGCUGUUGAGUGAGACAGAUUUGUGCUGGUUGCCAAUAUCCCGGGAUCUUUUCAAAAUAUUAAAGGUUGAAUUAAUCUCCAUUAAAAACCACACAUCUCUCAGACUUGUUGCACAUUGAUGAUGUCAGUAUAGCAGUUAACUCUUUACUUUACUCAUUUGCUGAAUCUUGUUUUGGAUUUUCCCUAAUUCCUCGCUAUUUAACGUGACAAAAUGAUCAAAACCCUUAUAACAAAACCUCCCAAAUGGGUAUUGUCAAUUCUGUAUCCUAAAAUUCAGUUUUGUUCUAUAUGUAAUAAUGUUUAACAGUGACAAAAAUGGCGCUCCUCAGUGUAAAUACAAAAAAAGUUGUAUUUCUGUUGCUUUGUUUCAAUAAAUGGUACACUUAAAAGUAUGACAACAAAUAACGAUCUGUUCUCUAAUUUCCGUGUUUCCUUGGCAAUUAAUUGACCUGUAUGUUUUCAUUGUUACUGAUAUGAAUAUGUAGUGCUUAAUUUAAUGUUUCCAUUUGAACCUUAUGACCAUGGUGUUAUAUGUUCUGUAUCUGUGGACAUUUUUAUGGAUGGAACAGGAUAUGAGUGCUUGCAUCACUGUCGUCUAAGAAUGUCUGUGAGAAGGUCAAAAAUAAACGCUUCUUUAAACGUUCCUUUUCA